AUGGAGGAAGAGGAAGGUGCAUCUUCUGAGGUUAAACCUUUUCUGGCUAGUAAAGGCUGGUUUGAAAGGUCUAAGAAGAGCCUUAAUUUACACAACAUAAAAAUGAGCGGUGAAGCUGCCAGUGCUGAUACAGAUUCUGCUAAUACAUAUCCUGCUGAGCUGAAGAAAAUUAUUGAUGAAGGGGGUUACACACCAGAACAAGUGUACUAUGUUGAUGAAACUGGGCUUUUCUGGAAGCGCAUGCCUGCUAGAACUUUUAUUUCCACUGAAGAAAAAUCAGCACCAGGCUUUAAAGCAUCCAAAGAUCGUUUAACACUUCUUCUGGGAGGAAAUGCUUCAGGUGACAUGAAAUUAAAGCCCCUACUUGUGUAUCACUCAGAAAAUCCAGGGGCUCUCAAGGGCUAUGCCAAGUCUAAUCUACCUGUGAUUUGGCAUUCCAAUAAGAAGGCUUGGAUGACUAUGACCCUUUACCAAGACUGGUUCACUAACUAUUUUUGCCCUGCUGUAGAAAGAUAUAAUGCCAAAAGGCGUAACAUAUCUAAUAAAGCACUGCUCCUCAUAGACAAUGAACCAAGCCACCCAGUAAAUUUAAAUGAUCUUUCUGAUAAUGUGAGAGUAGAGUACAUCCCCAAGAACACAACUUCCUUGCUCCAGCCAAUGGAUCAAGGUGUGAUAGCUAACUUUAAGGCAUAUUAUCUAAGGAAAACUUUUUUGCAGCUCAUAAAAGCAAUUGAUGGGGAGGAUAAACCUACAAUUAGGGACUUCUGGAAAAAGUUCAACAUCUUGGAUGCUGUGGAUAAUAUAGCCGAGUCAUGGGAUGAAGUGAAAACCUCAGCUAUGAAUGGAAAAACAUAUGGCCAGAGUGUGUCCAUGAAUUUGAAGAGGGAGGAAGGUCUGCAAAUCUUUGCUGAUAACGACCCCAACCGUGAAAGGAACAUCAAGAUUGCAAGAGCAGUUAACAAUGCUCUCAGUUCCUACACUGAGCUGUACAAGGAGAAGGUCCGGGUGCAGGACCCUCAUCAGGAGCAGGGUCCACGUCAGGAGGAGGAGGUACCUGAGGAUGUAAAGAGGGUACGCAGAAAUGUUGUGGACGAGGUGGUGCUGCAAGUGACAAUUGUGGGCAGACUGGUGCAGCCGUAG